UAACGGGUGGCGGCUGGUUCUGCGCCGGAUCCGGGAGAGGGGCGGGCGCCAUUGUGCUUCUCUGCGGACUGCUCUGCCUCAAUUAGGGGCCUAGAACUCGGAGGAGGAAGGCGGUGGUGUGGCCGCUACGAGCAGGACGCGCCUUGUUCAGUGCCAGCUCGGGAGCAGGGGAAACCUCAAGAAUGGAGUCUAAACCUUCAAGGAUUCCAAGAAGAAUUUCUGUUCAACCCCCCAGCUCUUUAAGUACUAGGAUGAUGUCUGGAAGCAGAGGAAAUAGUUUAAAUGAUACCUAUCACUCAAGAGAGUCUUCAUUUAGACUGGAUUCUGAAUAUCAGUCUACAUCAGCAUCAGCAUCUGCAUCACCAUUUCAGUCUCCAUGGUAUAGUGAAUCUGAGAUAACUCAGGGAGCACGAUCAAGAUCACAAAACCAGCAACGGGAUCAUGAUUCAAAAAGACCUAAACUUUCCUGCACAAACUGUACAUCUACCUCAAUCGGGAGAAAUACUGGACAUGGUUUAAAUGCAGUAUCAGAUUCUUCAUGGAGACAUAAUCAAGUUCCCAGAUCUUCAUCAAUGGUACUUGGAUCAUUUGGAACUGACUUAAUGAGAGAGAGAAGAGAUUUAGAGAGAAGAGCAGAUUCUUCCAUUAGUAAUCUUAUGGAUUAUAGUCACCGAAGUGGUGAUUUCACAACUUCAUCAUAUGUUCAAGACAGAGUUCCUUCUUCAUAUUCACAGGGAGCAAGACCAAAAGAUAACUCAGUGAGCACUUUACAGUUGAAUGCAUCAUCCACAAACCACCAAAUGCCUUCUGAACAUCAGACCAUACCAUGUUCUAGGGACUCUAGUAGAAAUUCUCUAAGAUCAAAUUCUUCUCCAAGAGAAUUGGAAUCUCCCCAAAGCAGUACACAACCUGGAUUUUCUUAUAUUUCAAAUAGAGAUGAAACCUCAAGCAGUUCAGAUAGGGUUGGUUCAUCUCAAAGAUCAUUUCAAGAAUCUUCUGACAACGAAGGUAGACGUUCGACCAGGAGAUUGCUGUCGCGUAUAGCUUCUAGUAUGUCAUCUACCUUUUUUUCACGAAGAUCUAGCCAGGAUUCCUUGAAUACAAGAUCAUUGAGUUCUGAAAAUUCUUACGUGUCUCCAAGAAUCUUGACAGCUUCACAGUCUCGUAGCAAUGCAGCAUCAACUUCUGAUGUUCCCGAUAAUAGGGCAUCUGAAGCUUCUCAGGGAUUUCGAUUUCUUAGGCGAAGAUGGGGUUUGUCCUCUCUUAGCCAAAAUCAUAGCUCUGAGCCAGAUUCAGAAAAUUUUAACCAAGAACCUGAAGGUAGAAAUACAGGACCAUGGUUAUCUUCCUCACUUAGAAAUAGAUGCACACCUUUGUUCUCUAGAAGGAGACGAGAGGGACGAGAUGAAUCUUCAAGGAUACCUACCUCUGAUAUACCACCUAGAUCUCAUCAUAUUUUUAGAAGAGAAUCAAAUGAAGUGGUUCACCUUGAAGCACAGAGUGAUCCCCUUGGGGCUACUGCCAACAGAUCACAAGCAUCUGCAGCUUCGAGUAAUGCUGCUACAGGUGGCUCCACAUCAGAUUCAGCCCACAGUGGAAGAAAUACAGGAAUAACGGGGGUCCUUCCUGGUUCCUUAUUUCGAUUUGCAGUCCCCCCAGCACUUGGAAAUAAUUUGACCGACAAUGUCAUGAUUACUGUAGAUAUUAUUCCUUCAGGUUGGAGUUCAUCUGAUGGAAAAAGUGAUAAAACUAAAAGUGCACCUUCAAGAGACCCAGAAAGACUGCAGAAAAUAAAAGAGAGUUUGACUAGAGGACAUUUUGAGACAACAUACUGCCUCACAAUAGCACUCACUUUCUGUUCAGCUUUACUUUUAAUUUUACCAGGUUCUUCAUUAGAGGCUGUAACCACCUGUGAACUCUGUAAAGAGAAGUUGCAGCUUAACCUGGAGGAUUUUGAUAUUCAUGAACUACAUAGAGCUCAUGCAAAUGAACAAGCUGAGUAUGAGUUUAUCAGCUCUGGUCUCUACCUAGUUGUGUUAUUGCACUUGUGCGAACAAAGCUUUUCUGAUAUGAUGGGAAAUACAAAUGAACCAAGCACACGUGUCCGAUUUAUUAACCUUGCAAGAACUCUUCAGGCACAUAUGGAAGAUCUCGAAACUUCAGAGGAUGAUUCCGAAGAAGAUGGAGACCAUAACAGAACAUUUGAUAUUGCCUAACUUCAUAUAAGACAAAUGGAUGAUCUGUGAACAAGUGUUUAUUAAAACUGGCAAUUAAGUAUGAAUUAAUUUUGUGGGGGAAUGCCUAUUGAAUACAUUGACUAUAUAUGUGUGUGUGUGUGUAUAUAUACACACACAACAAGUAUAUAUAUUCAUUCUCAAGUAUUGCUGAAUUAAAAUUCUGCUGGACCUUUUAACAUGGCCAGUGAAUCUGUUUAUAAACUGGUAAUCAAAAAGUAUUUUUCUUUUAGGUGAGUGGGAAAGUGUUACCCUUGUUUUAGAUAUCUAAGCAAUGCUGAUGACUCUUUUUUGUGUUCUGAUUACUGCAGUCAUAUUUACGAAAAAAGGUUCAUGUUUUAGUCUCUUGCUAGUGAAAAAAGUGGGACAAAAUAUGCUUUUGAAAUAAAAAUGGCAAAUGGCACCUAAUAAUUUUUCCUUUCAAAAUGCCUUACGUUGCAGUCUCAUUUUCAUAAUUAUUUGCUUCCAGUGUUUCUAAAAAAUCAACUGGGGAGUAAGUUAUGAAAGCAUAUAUAUUAGGUUUCCAAAUUUAAUAUGAAUUAUAAAUUCACUUAGCAAUAAAAUCUAAUUUUUAAAAAAUAUAUAAGUAUAAAAUGUAUAAAUGAUGGAUAAAGUUUUGUAUUGAUUUGCAAAAUGCAGAUUAUAUUUGAUAGGCCAUAGUAUGUAGAUAUUCCUUUUAGGAAUAUUACAGCUGUAAAAUAUAUCAGAAUUGCCCGUCAAAUGCUAUUUGGGAAAAAAAUUAUUGCAAUCUCAAGUUAACAGAAUAUUUUUAAUCCCACAUUUAAAGUUUAAAACACUGGUUUUCAAUGUGUUUUUUAGUGUUGUCACUGCUUUAUAGAUAAAUAUGAUAUAAAUAACCUGUUUGGAUCCUGGUCGUUUUUAACUCUUCCUUGGUAAUUCUGAGCAUUUAUUUAGUGACUUAAUAUUUUUCACGACUUUUGGAGAACAGAUGAACAUUACCUACUCACCAUGAAUAGAUCUACACUGUGGUCAUGAGUUGUGUAUACUUUCAUAACACUGUAUAUUUCCUCUGUCAACAGCCUUAGCAUACACUUUUAAACACCUUCAGGUGGUUUCAGAUUAAAUAAAGUCUUAUGUUACAGCAACGAACUACAUUUUCAGAACCUAAGUAGAAACCAUGUAAUUUCUCAAAUGUGAAUCAACAGUUUGCCCACACGUAGUUUGUUGGUCUUAAUGUAAAAACCUUGGCUGGAAAUAAAGUGCAUACUGAUUGAUUUA